CAUGGAGUGGGAGCUGGCGGCGGCUGAGGAGCCCGGGACCCCGGGACGGCGGCGGCGGCGGCGGCGGCGACGGCGGCGGCGCCGGGAGGUCAGGACGCGCACGGUGCGCUCCAAUCUGCUGCCGCCCCCGGGCGCCGAAGACCCUUUGGCGAGCGCGGCCAAGGGCGCGCGGCGGCGGCGGCGGUGCGGGGGCGCCCAGCACCUGGCCGACAACCGGCUCAAGACCACCAAGUACACUCUGCUGUCCUUCCUGCCCAAGAACCUGUUCGAGCAGUUCCAUCGCCUGGCCAACGUGUACUUCGUCUUCAUCGCGCUGCUCAACUUCGUGCCGGCGGUGAACGCCUUUCAGCCCGGCCUGGCACUAGCGCCCGUGCUCUUCAUCCUGGCGGUCACGGCCUUCAAGGACCUGUGGGAGGACUACGGCCGUCACCGCUCCGACCAAGAGAUCAACCACCUGGGCUGCCUCGUCUUCAGCAGGGAAGAAAAGCAGUACGUGAACCGAUUCUGGAAAGAAAUCCGCGUGGGAGACUUUGUGCGUCUUCGCUGCAACGAGAUCAUCCCUGCAGACAUCCUGCUGCUCUGUUCGAGUGACCCCGACGGGCUGUGCCACAUCGAGACGGCCAACCUGGAUGGAGAGACCAACCUGAAACGGCGCCAGGUGGUCCGAGGCUUCUCCGAGCUCGUCUCCGAAUUCAAUCCUUUGACGUUCACCAGCGUAAUCGAGUGUGAGAAGCCCAACAACGACCUGACUAGGUUUCGUGGGUGCAUCAUACACAACAACGGGAAAAAGGCUGGGCUCUACAAAGAAAACCUGCUGCUUCGAGGCUGCACCAUCCGAAACACAGAAGCCGUCGUGGGCAUCGUCAUCUACGCAGGACAUGAGACCAAGGCUCUGCUGAACAACAGCGGGCCCCGCUACAAGCGCAGCCGGCUGGAGAGGCAGAUGAACUGCGACGUGCUCUGGUGUGUCCUCCUCCUCGUUUGUAUGUCUCUGUUUUCAGCCGUCGGACAUGGACUAUGGGUGCAGCGCUAUCAAGAGAAGAAAUCAUUAUUUGAUGUCCCUGAGUCUGACGGCACCUCUUUAUCCCCAGUCACAGCUGCAGUUUAUUCGUUUUUGACAAUGAUAAUAGUUCUGCAGGUUUUGAUCCCAAUUUCCUUGUACGUUUCCAUUGAAAUUGUUAAAGUAUGCCAAGUGUACUUCAUUAACCAGGAUAUAGAGUUGUAUGAUGAGGAGACAGACUCACAGCUGCAGUGCCGAGCCCUGAACAUCACGGAAGACCUAGGGCAGAUACAGUAUAUCUUCUCCGAUAAAACUGGCACUUUAACUGAGAAUAAGAUGGUUUUCCGAAGAUGCACUGUGUCUGGCAUAGAAUAUUCUCAUGAUGCAAAUGCCCGGCGUCUGGCCAGGUACCAGGAAGCAGACUCGGAGGAGGAGGAGGUGGUGCCCAGAGGGGGCUCACUGCCCCAGCGCAGCAGCACCGGGAGCCACCAAAGCAUCCGAGUCGUGCAUCGGAGCCAGAGCACCAGGUCACACCGGCGCACCAGCAGCCGUGCCGAGGCCAAGAGGGCCAGCAUGCUGUCCAAGCACACAGCCUUCAGCAGCCCCAUGGAGAAGGACAUAACGCCCGACCCGAAGCUGCUGGAGAAGGUGAGCGAGUGUGACAGGUGCCUGGCCUUUGCAAGGCACCAGGAGCACCCAUUGGCCCACCUCUCACCUGAGCUGUCUGACAUUUUCGACUUCUUCAUUGCACUCACCAUCUGCAACACAGUGGUGGUCACAUCCCCGGAUCAGCCACGACAAAAGGUGAGGGUGCGCUUCGAGCUGAAGUCCCCGGUGAAGACGAUAGAAGAUUUCCUCCGGAGGUUCACGCCCAGCCGCCUGGCCUCGGGCUGCAGCAGCAUUGGGAGCAUGGCCACCAACAAGUCGGUGCACAAGUCCAGCCUCUUGUCCACGCUGGCCAACAACGGCACGUUGUUCCGGCUGGAGGAGAGGCUGCGCCCGCCGGCCCCAGGCCUUGCCAGCAAUGGCUACAGCAGCGGGGCAGACGGCUGGGCACCUGAGUGCUCAGCACAGGAGCCUGAGCCCGAGGGGGAGCUGCGCUACGAGGCCGAGAGCCCCGACGAGGCAGCUCUCGUCUACGCCGCCCGCGCCUACAGCUGCGCGCUCGUGGACCGACUGCACGACCAGGUGUCGGUAGAGCUGCCCCACCUGGGCAGGCUCACCUUCGAGCUCCUGCACACGCUGGGCUUCGACUCCAUCCGCAAGAGGAUGUCAGUGGUGAUCCGGCACCCACUCACGGACGAGAUCAACGUCUACACCAAGGGGGCCGACUCGGUGGUCAUGGACCUCCUGCUGCCCUGCUCCACAGAUGACGCCAGAGGAAGGCAUCAAAAGAAGAUCUGGAGCAAGACUCAGAACUACCUCAACCUGUACGCUGUGGAGGGCCUGCGCACCUUGUGCAUCGCCAAGAGGGUUCUGAGUAAGGAAGAGUAUGCCUGUUGGCUGCAGAGCCACUUGGAAGCGGAAUCCGCCCUGGACAACCGCGAGGAGCUCCUGUUUCAGUCUGCCAUUCGCCUGGAGAGGAAUCUGCAUCUGUUGGGUGCCACUGGGAUUGAAGACCGCCUGCAGGACGGAGUCCCUGAAACCAUUGCUAAAUUGCGUCAAGCAGGCCUGCAGAUUUGGGUUCUCACUGGUGACAAACAGGAAACAGCCAUUAACAUCGCUUACGCAUGCAAACUGCUGGACCACGACGAGGAAGUCAUCACCCUGAACGCCGAAUCCCAGGAGGCGUGCGCAGCCCUGCUGGACCAGUGCCUACACUAUGUGCAGUCCAGGAGCCCCCACAGUGCUGCCGACAAGACCGCUGGUGGCGUGAGCGUGGGCUUCUCCCCACUCUGCCCGCCCUCUGCAGCUGCCAUGUCUGGCCCCAGCCCCAGCCUUGUGAUCGAUGGGAGAAGUCUGGCCUACGCCCUCGAGAAAAACCUGGAGGACAAAUUCCUCUUCCUUGCUAAGCAGUGCCGGUCUGUCCUUUGUUGUCGCUCGACUCCCCUGCAGAAGAGCAUGGUGGUGAAGCUGGUCAGGAGCAAGCUCAAGGCCAUGACUCUGGCCAUAGGAGAUGGAGCCAAUGACGUCAGCAUGAUCCAGGUGGCAGACGUGGGCGUGGGACUCUCAGGCCAGGAGGGCAUGCAGGCAGUGAUGGCCAGCGACUUUGCGGUGCCCAAAUUCCGAUACCUCGAGAGGCUCUUGAUCGUUCAUGGACACUGGUGCUAUUCCCGACUUGCCAACAUGGUGCUGUACUUCUUCUACAAAAACACAAUGUUCGUGGGCCUCCUGUUUUGGUUCCAGUUUUACUGUGGCUUCUCUGCAUCCGCCAUGAUUGACCAGUGGUAUCUGAUCUUCUUUAAUCUGCUCUUCUCAUCGCUUCCCCAGCUUGUGACUGGGGUGCUGGACAAGGACGUGCCGGCUGACGUGCUGCUGACCAAGCCGCAGCUCUACAAGAGCGGCCAGAACAUGGAGGAAUAUCGGCCUCGUACGUUCUGGUUGAACAUGGCUGAUGCUGCCUUCCAGAGCCUGGUGUGUUUUUUCAUUCCCUACCUGGCCUACCACGACUCAGACACAGACAUGUUCACCUGGGGGACCCCCAUCACCGCCAUCGCGCUGUUCACCUUCCUCCUGCACCUGGGUAUAGAAACCAAGACCUGGACCUGGCUCAACUGGAUGGCUUGUGGCUUCAGUAUACUUUUAUUUUUCACUGUGGCUUUGAUUUAUAAUGCUUCCUGUGCAAUGUGCUACCCUCCAUCCAACCCCUAUUGGACCAUGCAGACGUUAAUGGGCGACCCUGUGUUUUACUUCAUUUGUCUCAUAGCACCCGUCGCCGCGCUGCUGCCCAGAUUGUUUUUCAAAGCCCUGCAGAGGAGCCUUUUCCCCACCCAACUGCAGCUGGGACGUCAGUUGGUUAGAAGGUCCCCCAGGAAACUCAGGGCUCCCAAAGAGACCUUUGCUCAGGGACACCUCCCAGGAGAACCGAGGACGGAACCGUCAGAACAGAGGAGCAUCAGUGCCUCGGGGUCCUUCUCCCAGGACUGUAGCUCGCAGGUGUUUUGGCAUGCACAGCAGUCGUCCUGCUCUCCAGAGGCCAGCGGGGAGCCCAGCGUGGUGGACAUGGGCAUGUCUCUGAGGGAGGACACCCUGCUGGAAGGGCUGGGCAGCCAGACCCCAGGGUCCUCCUCACCAGGGAAGGUGAUCCCGGAAGGCUGUCCAGGGGACUCCAAGAUGAAACCCACAAGUGCCAGCAGGGCAGCUGCCCUGUCGUCCAUCUUCAGCCUGCCCAGCCUCAGCUCACUCAACUGGAUUUCCUCCCUCUCUCUGGUCAGCGGGCUGGGAAGUGUCCUACAGUUCUCCCGAAGGUUUACAGAUGGACAGGCGGGACGGCGAGUUCCUACCCAGCCCCCCGCAGCCAGACCAGGACCUGCGAGGCUUGAGUGGGCAGACCACGGACUACUUCUAGGACCUCCUUCCAGGGAUUACAGCUGGCGGUGGCAGCGGUGAAAACCUCGAAAUGCUUUUUUUAUAACAUAGAUGUUAAUAUUAUUUAUGUUUAUUAUUUGCACAGAAGAGUUCUAGUGAGAUGUAUUUUAUAUAUUUCCAAGGCUAACACAGGAAAUGAAAGGUACCAAAAAAGAAAGUUUAUUUUUUAAAAUUUCUAACUAGAGUAUAUUGAAAAGAAAAAUAAGAGCUUUAUCAUAUAUAAAAGUUUAAAGAAGAGCGACA